AUGCUCCUACUCAAUCCGAGAGGUCAUCCAUCACUGGGCCUGCCUGAGCGCCUGAUAAACACCCGCUCGCCUCGGAGGCAUAUCUCCCAUCCUGAACUCAAUCUCCCAUCUAUGGACACCAGUGUCAUCCUUCACAAAUACACUCUCACCGAAGCUCUUCUUCGCAUUGAGAUCUUUACCAAGCCCUUUGACCCGAUCCUGUGGAAAGCAUGGGCAGUCCGAAUGCACAUCCUGCUGGUCUUCAUGGUCCAAGCCCAGUCUGAAGCAGCCAGCGUGAGGAUCAUCCUACCCCUUCCACGCGAUAUUCCUGUCCUUGCCCAAGUGGAAAUACAUCUUGUGACAGCUCGCACCAUGGAAGCUGGCUGUUGGAUGGUCCCUCAGAUUGCUAACCACCUUCCUGCUGUCAUUCCUCGUGGUUUGACUGCACACAUUCUGUACGAUGACCCCGCUGUCCACGAGGACUUCGGUUUGGGUCACCCACCGGAUGGUCUCUCUGACAUUGGAACCUUGCACCUUUGGGUUGAGACAUUGCGCAAUGCGGCCCGCGAACUGUAUGAUGUCAUGCGCAGGAUCACUGGUAGAUGCGAGUUGGCGGAUGGUACUUUGAGGCAGUUGCAGAUCAUAGUUGAGGAGUUAGAAAUAGCAUUCGGGCUUGUAGCAUUCCCUCCUCCGAUAACCAGCUUCCAAUUGCUGUCGGACUAG